AUGAAGCGGUCGCUACGAUCUAACAGCAGAUCCGAUGGAAAUGAAGAGACGGCUCACACACUGACGGCGUUCCGCGAUCUCCCACAAUAUGCUGAAGCACGAACGACAGGUAAACGUGUGCAGCGACAAUGUAGUCGAUGCCACAAGAAGUGCUCGUACUACUGUGCUGGUUGCUCGGAUAUCCCAUUGCAGCCAUUUGUUGGUGUUUGUGGCCAAGAUCCCAACGCCCGUGCUUCAGUGAACAUGUAG